ACUCCUGGCUCCCUCCCCCGGGCCCCGAUCUGCUCCCCCAGCCUGCUUGUCUCCACUGACAGCCACUCUCUCUGCAGUGUCCGGCCGACAGCUGCAGCCCGGGGAGCCAGAUGCGGAAACUGAAGAUGACCACUCUGUGACUGAAGGGCCUGCGGAUGAGGUCAUUCGACCACGGCCACAGGGGUCUUCACCUGUCUACGAAUACACGACUGAGGCUGCUGACUUUGGACUCCAGGAAGACGCCCCCGGCAGGCAAGGUUCUGCUGGGAGACGGAGAUCCUGGUGGAAGCGAGAUUCAGGGGACUCACGGACAUUUUUCAAGAUGAGUCGUCCAGAGGCCGUCCAGGAGGCAACAGAGGUGACGCUGAAGACAGAGGUGGAGGCAGGAGCCAGUGGCUACAGUGUCACAGGUGGUGGGGACCAGGGGAUCUUCGUCAAGCAAGUGCUGAAGGACUCCUCAGCCGCCAGGCUUUUCAACUUGAGAGAAGGCGAUCAGCUGCUCAGUGCAACCGUGUUCUUUGACAACAUACAAUACGAAGAUGCUCUCAAAAUCCUUCAAUACUCAGAGCCAUUCAAGGUUCAGUUCAAAAUCAGACGGCCGCUCCCUGCCCCACAGGAUGAAGAGUGGGCUUCCAGCGAUGCCCAGCGUGGCCCACAGGGCAAGGAGAAGGAGGACACGGAUGUUGCUGAUGGGUGCAGAGAGACCCCCACGAAAACUCUGGAAGGAGAUGGGGACCAAGAGAGACUCAUCUCCAAACCCAGGGUGGGGAGAGGCAGGCAGACCCAGAGGGAGAGGCUCUCUUGGCCAAAAUUUCAAUCCAUAAAGAGCAAGCGGGGGCCGGGACCCCAGAGGUCACACAGCUUGUCAGAGGCCUACGAGCCCAGGGACGCACAUGACGUGUCCCCUACAAGCACAGACACAGAGGCCCAGCUCGCGGUGGAGCGCCAAGAGCAGAAGGCAGGGCCAGGCAGCCAGAGGAGGCGGAAGUUCCUCAACCUGAGAUUCAGGACAGGCUCGGGACAGGGCCCUUCAUCGACAGGACAGCCAGGCAGGGGGUCCCAGAGUGGGGUGGGCCGUGCUGGGGUUCUGGAAGAGUUGGGGCCCUGGGGUGAUAGCCUCAAGGACACUGGGGCUGCCACAGGCAGCAGGAGAGAGGAGAGGGCAGAACAGGAUCGAGAAGUGAUGCCUGCUCAGAGCAUGCAGUUGCCCACAGAGCUCGGUGACCCUAGAUUUUGCGAGGGAACCCCUCAGGAAGGGGGACUCAGGGCAGCCGGGCUCCAUGGAAAGACCCUGGAGGGGCAGGCACAGGAGACAGCAGUGGCCCAGAGGAAGCCCAGGGCCCAGCCAACUCCUGGAAUGAGCCGGGAGGGUGAAGGCGAGGGACUGCAGAGCCUGGAAAUCGGGAUCGCCAGGCUGUCCUUGAGAGACACAACCGAAGGAGGCACACAGAUCGGCCCACCAGAAAUUAGGGUGCGAAUACACGAUUUAAAGACACCAAAAUUUGCAUUUUCCACAGAAAAAGAGCCAGAAAGAGAAAGGCGCCUUAGUACCCCACAGCGAGGGAAGAGACAGGAUGCGUCCUCAAAAGUGGGUACUGGCCUGAAGGGUGAGGAGGUGGAAGGAGCAGGGUGGGUGCCAGGCAGGGAACCAACCACACAUGCAGAGGCACAGGAGGGUGAAGGAGAUGGAGAGGAAGGACUACAGAGGACAAGGAUCACUGAGGAACAGGACAAGGACGGGGAAGACACAGAAGGACAGAUGAGAAUACCCAAGUUCAAGAUACCCUCCUUAGGAUGGUCACCAAGCAAGCACACAAAGACAGGGAGAGAAAAAGCCACACAAGACACAGAGCAGGGAAGGGAAGGAGAGGCCAUAGCAACAGCCGAUAGAAGAGAACAGAGAGGCACAGAGGAAGGAUUAAAAGACAAAGAAGACAGUGAUUCAAUGACAAACACAACAAAAAUACAACUAACACACGACGAAAAACGCUUAAAAAAGGAAGAAAUUCUGAAAGAAAAGGACAUGGCUGCCAAAGACAGCAAGUUCAAAAUGCCCAAGUUCAAGAUGCCGUCAUUCGGGGUGUCGGCCCCAGGCAAGUCCAUCGAGGCCUCAGUGGAUGUGUCUGAGCCGAAGGUGGAGGCCGACGUGAGCCUCCCCUCCAUGCAGGGGGACCUGAAGACCACUGACCUCAGCAUUCAGCCCCCUUCCGCUGACCUGGAGGUCCAGGCUGCCCAGGUGGAUGUGAAACUCCCAGAGGCCCAUGUUCUGGAGGGAGCUGGCCACAAAGGGCACCUGCCCAAAGUGCAGAUGGACAGUUUCAAGAAGCCCAAAGUGGACCUCAAGGGCCCCCAGGUGGACAUCAAGGGCCCCAAGCAGGACCUGAAAGGCCCCAAGGCGGAAGUGACGGCCCCCGACAUGGAGGUGUCUCUGCGCAGCGUGGAGGUGGACGUCCAGGCCCCAAGAGCAAAGCUGGAUGGUGCGCGGCUGGAGGGAGACCUGUCCCUGGCCGACAAGGACGUGACUGCCAAAGACAGCAAGUUCAAAAUGCCCAAGUUCAAGAUGCCAUCCUUCGGCGUGACCGCCCCAGGCAAGUCCAUCGAGGCCUCGGGGGACGUGUCUGCGCAGAAGUUGGAGGCCGACGUGAGCCUCCCCUCCAUACAGGAGGACCUCAAGACCACUGACCUCAGCAUUCAGCCCCCUUCCGCCGACCUGGAGGUUCAGGCUGGCCAGGUGGACAUGAAGCUCCCAGAGGGCCACGUGCCCAAGGGAGCCGGCCUCAAAGGGCACCUGCCCAAGGUGCAGAUGCCCAGUUUCAAGAUGCCCAAAGGGGACCUCAAGGGCCCCCAGGUGGACAUCAAGGGCCCCAAGCUGGACCUGAAAGGCCCCAAGGCAGAGGUCAUGGACCGCGACGUGGACGUGUCUCUGCCCAGCGUGGAGGUAGACAUCCAGGCCCCGGGAGCCAAGCUGGACGGUGCGCGGCUGGAGGGGGAGCUAUCCUUGGCCGACAAGGAUGUGGCCGCCAAAGACAGCAAGUUCAAAAUGCCCAAGUUCAAGAUGCCGUCGUUGGGCGUGUCGGUCCCAGGCAAGUCCAUCGAGGCCUCGGUGGAUGUGUCUGCACCCAAGGUGGAGGCCGACAUGAGCCUCCCCUCCAUGCAGGGGGACCUGAAGACCACUGACCUCAGCAUUCAGCCCCCUUCCGCCGACCUGGAGGUCCAGUCUGGCCAAGUGGACGUGAAACUCCCGGAGGGCCCCGAGCCCGAGGGAGCCAGCCUCAAAGGGUACCUGCCCAAGGUGCACAUGCCCAGUUUCAAGAUGCCCAAAGUGGACCUCGAGGGCCCCCAGGGGGACAUCAAGGGCCCUAAGCUGGACCUGAAAGGCCCCAAGGCAGACAUGACGGCCCCCCACGUGGAAGUGUCUCUGCCCAGCGUGGAGGUGGAUGUCCAGGCCCCAGGAGCCAAGCUGGACGGUGCACGGCUGGAGGGGGACAUGUCCCUGGCUGAGAAGGACGUGACUGCCAAAGACAGCAAGUUCAAAAUGCCCAAGUUCAAGAUGCCGUCGUUCGGGGUGUCUGUCCCAGGCAAGUCCAUCGAGGCCUCGGUGGACGUGUCUGCACCCAAGGUGGAGGCAGACGUGAGCCUCCCCUCCAUGCAGGGGGACCUCAAGACCACUGACCUCAGCAUUCAGCCCCCUUCCGCUGACCUGGAGGUCCAGGCUGGCCAAGUGGACAUGAAGCUCCCGGAGGGCCCCCUGCCCGAGGGAGCCGGCGUCAAAGGGCACCUGCCCAAGGUGCAGAUGCCAAGUUUGAAGAUGCCCAAAGUAGACCUCAAGGGCCCCCAGGUGGACAUCAAGGGCCCCAAGCUGGACCUGAAAGGCCCCAAGGCAGAGGUGAUGGCCCCCCACGUGGAAGUGUCUCUGCCCAGCGUGGAGGUGGAAGUCCAGGCCCUGGGAGCCAAGCUGGACGACGCGCGGCUGGAGGGCGACCUGUCCCUGGCUGACAAGGAUGUGGCUGCCAAAGACAGCAAGUUCAAAAUGCCCAAGUUCAAGAUGCCGUCGUUCGGGGUGUCGGCCCCAGGCAAGUCCAUCGAGGCCUCGGUGGAUGUGUCUGCACCCAAGGUGGAGGCUGAUGUGAGCCUCCCCUCCAUGCAGGGGGACCUGAAGACCACUGACCUCAGCAUUCAGCCCCCUUCCGCCGACCUGGAGGUCCAGUCUGGCCAAGUGGACGUGAAACUCCCGGAGGGCCCCGAGCCCGAGGGAGCCGGCCUCAAAGGGUACCUGCCCAAGGUGCACAUGCCCAGUUUCAAGAUGCCCAAAGUGGACCUCGAGGGCCCCCAGGGGGACAUCAAGGGCCCUAAGCUGGACCUGAAAGGCCCCAAGGCAGACAUGACGGCCCCCCACGUGGAAGUGUCUCUGCCCAGCGUGGAGGUGGAUGUCCAGGCCCCAGGAGCCAAGCUGGACGGUGCACGGCUGGAGGGGGACAUGUCCCUGGCUGAGAAGGACGUGACUGCCAAAGACAGCAAGUUCAAAAUGCCCAAGUUCAAGAUGCCAUCGUUCGGGGUGUCUGUCCCAGGCAAGUCCAUCGAGGCCUCGGUGGACGUGUCUGCACCCAAGGUGGAGGCAGACGUGAGCCUCCCCUCCAUGCAGGGGGACCUCAAGACCACUGACCUCAGCAUUCAGCCCCCUUCCGCUGACCUGGAGGUCCAGGCUGGCCAAGUGGACAUGAAGCUCCCGGAGGGCCCCCUGCCCGAGGGAGCCGGCGUCAAAGGGCACCUGCCCAAGGUGCAGAUGCCAAGUUUGAAGAUGCCCAAAGUAGACCUCAAGGGCCCCCAGGUGGACAUCAAGGGCCCCAAGCUGGACCUGAAAGGCCCCAAGGUGGAAAUGACAGCCCCCGAUGUCGACGUGUCUCUGCCCAGCGUGGAGGUGGAUGUCCAGGCCCCAAAGGCCAAGCUGGAUGGUGUGCAGCUGGAGGGAGACCUGUCCCUGGCCGACAAGGACGUGACUGCCAAAGACAGCAAGUUCAAGAUGCCCAAGUUCAAGAUGCCAUCCUUCGGCGUGACCGCCCGAGGCAAGUCCAUCGAGGCCUCGGGGGACGUGUCUGCGCUGAAGUUGGAGGCCGACGUGAGCCUCUCCUCCAUACAGGAGGACCUCAAGACCACUGACCUCAGCAUUCAGCCGCCUUCCGCUGACCUGGAGGUUCAGGCUGGCCAGGUGGACAUGAAGCUCCCAGAGGGCCACGUGCCCAAGGGAGCCGGCCUCAAAGGGCACCUGCCCAAGGUGCAGAUGCCCAGUUUCAAGAUGCCCAAAGUGGACCUCAAGGGCCCCCAGGUGGACAUCAAGGGCCCCAAGCUGGACGUGAAAGGCCCCGAGGCGAACAUGACGGCCCCCCACGUGGAAGUGUCUCUGCCCAGCGUGCAGAGGGACGUCCAGGCCCCGGGAGCCAAGCUGGACGGUGCGCAGCUGGAGGGGGAGCUAUCCUUGGCCGACAAGGAUGUGGCCACCAAAGACAGCAAGUUCAAAAUGCCCAAGUUCAAGAUGCCGUCGUUGGGGGUGUCGGUCCCAGGCAAGUCCAUCGAGGCCUCGGUGGAUGUGUCUGCACCCAAGGUGGAGGCCGACGUGAGCCUCCCCACCAUGCAGGGCCACCUGAAGACCACUGACCUCAGCAUUCAGCCCCCUUCCGCCGACCUGGAGGUCCAGUCUGGCCAAGUGGACGUGAAACUCCCGGAGGGCCCCAAGCCCGAGGGAGCCGGCCUCAAAGGGUACCUGCCCAAGGUGCAGAUGCCCAGUUUCAAGAUGCCCAAAGUGGACCUCGAGGGCCCCCAGGGGGACAUCAAGGGCCCUAAGCUGGACCUGAAAGACCCCAAGGCGGACAUGACGGCCCCCCACGUGGAAGUGUCUCUGCCUAGUGUGGAGGUGGAUGUCCAGGCCCCAGGAGCCAAGCUGGACGGUGCACGGCUGGAGGGGGACAUGUCCCUGGCUGAGAAGGACGUGACUGCCAAAGACAGCAAGUUCAAAAUGCCCAAGUUCAAGAUGCCAUCGUUCGGGGUGUCUGUCCCAGGCAAGUCCAUCGAGGCCUCGGUGGAUGUGUCUGCACCCAAGGUGGAGGCAGACGUGAGCCUCCCCUCCAUGCAGGGGGACCUCAAGACCACUGACCUCAGCAUUCAGCCCCCUUCCGCUGACCUGGAGGUCCAGGCUGGCCAAGUGGACAUGAAGCUCCCGGAGGGCCCCCUGCCCGAGGGAGCCGGCAUCAAAGGGCACCUGCCCAAGGUGCAGAUGCCAAGUUUGAAGAUGCCCAAAGUAGACCUCAAGGGCCCCCAGGUGGACAUCAAGGGCCCCAAGCUGGACCUGAAAGGCCCCAAGGCAGAGGUGAUGGCCCCCCACGUGGAAGUGUCUCUGCCCAGCGUGGAGGUGGAUGUCCAGGCCCCGGGAGCCAAGCUGGACGUCGCGCGGCUGGAGGGCGACCUGUCCCUGGCUGACAAGGAUGUGGCUGCCAAAGACAGCAAGUUCAAAAUGCCCAAGUUCAAGAUGCCGUCGUUGGGGGUGUCGGCCCCAGGCAAGUCCAUCGAGGCCUCGGUGGAUGUGUCUGCACCCAAGGUGGAGGCUGAUGUGAGCCUCCCCUCCAUGCAGGGGGACCUGAAGACCACUGACCUCAGCAUUCAGCCCCCUUCUGCUGACCUGAAGGUCCAGGCUGGCCAGGUGGAUGUGAAGCUCCCAGAGGGCCACGUGCCCGAGGGGGCUGGCCUCAAAGGGCACCUGCCCAAGGUGGAGGCGCCCAGUUUAAAGAUGCUCAAAGUGGACCUCAAGGGCCCCCAGGUGGACAUCAAGGGCUGCAAGCUGGACCUGAAAGGCCCCAAGGUGGAAAUGACAGCCCCAGAAGUGGACGUGUCUCUGCCCAGCGUGGAGGUGGAUGUCCAGGCCCCAAAGGCCAAGCUGGAUGGUGUGCAGCUGGAGGGAGACCUGUCCCUGGCCGACAAGGAUGUGACUGCCAAAGACAGCAAGUUCAAAAUGCCCAAGUUCAAGAUGCCAUCCUUCGGUGUGACCGCCCGAGGCAAGUCCAUCGAGGCCUCGGGGGACGUGUCUGCACUGAAGUUGGAGGCCGACGUGAGCCUCUCCUCCAUACACGAGGACCUCAAGACCACUGACCUCAGCAUUCAGCCCCCUUCCGCCGACCUGGAGGUUCAGGCUGGCCAGGUGGACAUGAAGCUCCCAGAGGGCCACGUGCCCAAGGGAGCCGGCCUCAAAGGGCACCUGCCCAAGGUGCAGAUGCCCAGUUUCAAGAUGCCCAAAGUGGACCUCAAGGGCGCCCAGGUGGACAUCAAGGGCCCCAAGCUGGACGUGAAAGGCCCCAAGGUGAACAUGACGGCCCCCCACGUGGAAGUGUCUCUGCCCAGCGUGGAGAUGGAUGUCCAGGCCCCGGGAGCCAAGCUGGACGGAGCGCGGCUGGAGGGGGAGCUGUCCUUGGCCGACAAGGAUGUGGCCACCAAAGACAGCAAGUUCAAAAUGCCCAAGUUCAAGAUGCCGUCGUUGGGAGUGUCGGUCCCAGGCAAGUCCAUCGAGGCCUCGGUGGAUGUGUCUGCACCCAAGGUGGAGGCUGAUGUGAGUCUCCCCUCCAUGCAGGGGGAUCUGAAGACCACUGACCUCAGCAUUCAGCCCCCUUCCGCUGACCUGAAGGUCCAGGCUGGCCAGGUGGACGUGAAGCUCCCAGAGGGCCACGUGCCCAAGGGAGCCGGCCUCAAAGGGCACCUGCCCAAGGUGCAGAUGCCCAGUUUCAAGAUGCCCAAAGUGGACCUCAAGGGCCCCCAGGUGGACAUCAAGGGCCCCAAGCUGGACCUGAAAGGCCCCAAGGCAGAGGUCAUGGACCGCAACGUGGACGUGUCUCUGCCCAGCGUGGAGGUAGACAUCCAGGCCCUGGGAGCCAAGCUGGAUGGCACGCGGCUGGAGAGGGACCUGUCCCUGGCCGACAAGGAUGUGACUGCCAAAGACAGCAAGGUCAAAAUGCCCAAGUUCAAGAUACCAUCGUUUGGGGUGUCGGCCCCAACCAAGUCCAUUGAGGCCUCAGUGGACGUGUCUGCACCCAAGGUGGAAGCUGACGUGAGCCUCCCCUCCAUACAGGGGGACCUCAAGACCACUGACCUCAGCAUUCAGGCCUCUUCCACUGACCUGGAGGUCCAGGCUGGCCAAGUGGACAUGAAACUCCCGGAGGGCCCCCUACCCGAGGGAGCCAGCCUCAAAGGGCACCUGCCCAAGGUGCAGAUGCCCAGUUUCAAGAUGCCCAAAGUGGACCUCAAGGGCCCCCAGGGGGACAUCAAGGGCCCUAAGCUGGACCUGAAAGGCCCCAAGGCGGACAUGACGGCCCCCCACGUGGAAGUGUCUCUGCCUAGCGUGGAGGUGGAUGUCCAGGCCCCGGGAGCCAAGCUGGACGGUGCGCGGCUGGAGGGGGACAUGUCCCUGGCCGAGAAGGACGUGACUGCCAAAGACAGCAAGUUCAAAAUGCCCAAGUUCAAGAUGCCGUCGUUCGGGGUGUCUGUCCCAGGCAAGUCCAUCGAGGCCUCGGUGGACGUGUCUGCACCCAAGGUGGAGGCAGACGUGAGCCUCCCCUCCAUGCAGGGGGACCUCAAGACCACUGACCUCAGCAUUCAGCCCCCUUCCGCUGACCUGGAGGUCCAGGCUGGCCAAGUGGACAUGAAGCUCCCGGAAGGCCCCCUGCCCAAGGGAGCCGGCGUCAAAGGGCACCUGCCCAAGGUGCAGAUGCCAAGUUUGAAGAUGCCCAAAGUAGACCUCAAGGGCCCCCAGGUGGACAUCAAGGGCCCCAAGCUGGACCUGAAAGGCCCCAAGGCAGAGGUGAUGGCCCCCCACGUGGAAGUGUCUCUGCCCAGCAUGGAGGUGGACGUCCAGGCCCCGGGAGCCAAGCUGGACGGUGCGCGGCUGGAGGGGGACAUGUCCCUGGCCGAGAAGGACGUGACUGCCAAAGACAGCAAGUUCAAAAUGCCCAAGUUCAAGAUGCCGUCGUUCGGGGUGUCUGUCCCAGGCAAGUCCAUCGAGGCCUCGGUGGACGUGUCUGCACCCAAGGUGGAGGCAGACGUGAGCCUCCCCUCCAUGCAGGGGGACCUCAAGACCACUGACCUCAGCAUUCAGCCCCCUUCCGCUGACCUGGAGGUCCAGGCUGGCCAAGUGGACAUGAAGCUCCCGGAAGGCCCCCUGCCCAAGGGAGCCGGCGUCAAAGGGCACCUGCCCAAGGUGCAGAUGCCAAGUUUGAAGAUGCCCAAAGUAGACCUCAAGGGCCCCCAGGUGGACAUCAAGGGCCCCAAGCUGGACCUGAAAGGCCCCAAGGCAGAGGUGAUGGCCCCCCACGUGGAAGUGUCUCUGCCCAGCAUGGAGGUGGACGUCCAGGCCCCGGGAGCCAAGCUGGACGGUGCGCGGCUGGAGGGGGACAUGUCCCUGGCCGACAGGAGCGUGACAUCCAAAGACAGCAAGUUCAAAAUGCCCAAGUUCAAGAUGCCGUCAUUCGGGGUGUCGGCCCCAGGCAAGUCCAUCGAGGCCUCGGUGGAUGUGUCUGCACCCAAGGUGGAGGCAGACGUGAGCCUCCCCUCCAUGCAGGGGGACCUCAAGACCACUGACCUCAGCAUUCAGCCCCCUUCCGCCGACCUGGAGGUCCAGGCUGGCCAGGUGGACGUGAAGCUCCCAGAGGGCCCCCUGCCCGAGGGAGCCGGCCUCAAAGGGCAUCUGCCCAAGGUGCAGAUGCCCAGUCUCAAGAUGCCCAAAGUGGACCUCAAGGGCCCCCAGGUGGACCUGAAAGGCCCCAAGGCCGAGGUGAUGGCCCCCCAGGUGGAAGUGUCUCUGCCCAGCGUGGAGGUGGACGUCGAGGCCCCGGGAGACAAGCUGGAUGGUGCGCGGCUGGAGGGGGACCUGUCCCUGGCCCAUGAGGAUGUCGCUGCGAAAGACAGUAAGUUUCAAGGGCCAAAACUGAGCACGUCUGGUUUUGAAUGGUCGUCAAAGAAAGUUUCCAUGUCUUCCUCUGAAAUGGAAGGAAAUGUUACAUUCCAUGAGAAGACUUCCGCAUUUCCCAUUGUGGAAUCUGUUGUUUGUGAAGGUGAUCUUCAUGAUCCAUCUCGCGAUUGUAACUUGGAGCUUGCUGUUGGAGAAGUUGGAGUGGAUUCGAAGUUUAAGAAACUGCAUUUUAAAGUGCCCAAAGUUUCAUUUUCUUCUGCCAAAACUCCUAAAGAUAGUUUAGUCCCAGGUGCAAAGUCUAGCGUAGGUCUUUCCACGAUUCCCUUAUCAUCUUCAGAAUCCUCAAGUUUUGAAUUACAACAGGUUUCGGCUGGUUCAGAGCCAUCCAUGCAGAUGCCUAAGGUUGGUUUGGCUGGGUUUCCAUCAUCUCGGCUUGAUCUCACUGGUCCUCACUUUGAAUCUUCUAUUCUCUCUCCCUGUGAGGAUGUUACACUUACAAAAUACCAGGUGACUGUUCCCAGAGCUGCCUUGGCCCCUGAGCUUGCUCUGGAAAUUCCUUCUGGGUCUCGGGCUGAUAUUCCUCUUCCCAAGACAGAGUGCUCCGCUGACCUGCCGCCUCCAGAGGGAGUUCCAACAUCUCAAACUGAGAGUCACUCUGGCCCACUGAAUUCCAUGAUUCCUGUUUCUCUUGGUCAGGUGUCUUUUCCUAAAUUCUAUAAACCAAAGUUUGUGUUUUCAGUCCCCCAAAUGGCAGUUCCUGAGGGAGACCUACAUGCAGCAGCGGGUGCCCCAGUCAUGUCUCCUCUUAGCCCUGGAGAAGGAGUGCAGUGCCCCUUGCCAAGCACCCAGCUGCCAUCCCCAGGCACCUCUGUGUCCCAGGGCCCGGAAGCGCUUGUGGCCUCCUUGCAGACAUCAGUAGUGGCCCCUGGAGAAGCCCCUUCUGAAGAUGCUGGCCACGAAGGGAAAGGGAGUCCCUUGAAAAUGCCUAAGAUUAAGCUUCCAUCAUUUAGGUGGUCCCCGAAGAAGGAAGCAGGGCCAAAGGUGGACCCAGAAUAUAGCGUGGAGGACUCAAAACUCAGCCUGGUUUUAGACAAGGAUGAAGUGGCCCUGCAGUCUGCCAUCCACAUGGAUCUGCCUCCUGAGAGGGAUGGAGAGAAGGGGAGGAGCACAAAGCCUGACUUGGCCAUGCCAAAACUUGCACUUCCCAAAAUGAAGGCUUCUAAGAGUGGGGUCAGCCUGCCACAGAGAGACAUGGAUCCUUCUCUUUCUAGUGCCACAGCAGGGGGUAGCUUUGAAGACACAGAAAAGGCCAGCAGUGAUGGUGGUAGGGGAGGACUUGGUGCAACAGCAAGUGCCACAGGAGGUGAGGGUGUGAACCUCCACCAGCCACAGGUCCGCAUUCCCAGUUUGGGCUUUGCCAAACCUGAUCUCAGAUCCUCCAAGGCCAAGGUGGAGGUGAGCCAGCCUGAAGCUGACCUGCCUCUUCCCAAACAUGAUUUGUCUACCGAAGGUGACAGCAGAGGAUGUGGGCUCGGUGUCCCAGCAAGCCAGCCUUGUGGGGAGGGGAUAGCCCCCAUACCUGAAGACCCCCUCCAGCCAUCCUGUAGAAAACCAGAUGCUGAAGUCCCCACAGUGGAAAACCCAGAGGAGGAAGCCACGACCAGGUACUCGCAGGAAAGCUGGUUUAAAAUGCCCAAGUUCCGCAUGCCCAGCCUUAGGCGCUCUUCCAGGGACAGAGGUGGGGCUGGAAAGCUGGAAGUGGCUCAGACACAGGCACUGGCAGCAACAGGGGGCGAAGCAGCAGCUAAAGUCAAAGAGUUCCUUGUUUCUGGAUCAAACGUGGAAGCAAGUAUGUCCCUACAGCUCCCAGAGGCAGAUGCAGAAGUGACAGCUUCUGACAGCAAAUCAUCCACAGAUAUUCUAAGGUGUGAUCUUGACAGCACAGGCUUGAAGCUGCACCUCUCCACUGCUGGGAUGACUGGGGAUGAGCUUUCCACUUCUGAGGUCAGGAUCCAUCCAUCCAAAGGACCUCUCCCUUUUCAGAUGCCUGGCAUGAGGCUUCCAGAAACCCAGGUUCUUCCAGGAGAAACAGAUAAGACUCCUCUUUCCAAGCCAGGACAUGACCUUACCACCAUGGAGGAUAAAACAGAGAAAUGGUCUUCCCAGCCUGAAGGUCCACUUAAAUUGAAAGCUUCAAGUACUGAUAUGCCGUCCCAGAUUUCUGUGGUUAAUGUGGAUCAACUGUGGGAAGAUUCUGUCCUAACCGUCAAAUUCCCCAAAUUAAUGGUACCAAGGUUCUCCUUCCCUGCCCCCAGCUCAGAGGAUGAUGUGUUCAUCCCCACUGUGAGGGAAGUGCAGUGUCCAGAGGCCAAUAUUGAUAUAGCCCUUUGUAAGGGAAGUCCGGGGCUCUGGGGAGCCAGCAUCCUGAAGGCAGGUGCUGGGGUCCCCGGGGAGCAGCCUGUGGACCUUAACCUGCCUUUGGAAGCUCCCCCAAUUUCAAAGGUCAGAGUGCAUAUUCAGGGUGCUCAGGUUGAAAGUCAAGAGGUCACUAUACACAGCAUAGUGACACCAGAGUUUGUAGAUCUCUCAGCACCCAGGACUUCUUCCACUCAGAUUGUGCGGGAAUCAGAGAUCCCCACAUCAGAGAUUCAAACACCUUCGUAUGGAUUUUCCUUAUUAAAAGUGAAAAUCCCAGAGCCCCACACGCAGGCUAAAGUGUACACAACAAUGACUCAACACGCUAGGACUCAGGAGGGCCCAGAAGAGGCUCCCAUACAAGCCGCCCCAGGAGUAGACUCCAUUUCUGGAGAUCUCCAGCCUGACACUGCAGAACCAUUUGAGAUGAUCUCUUCCAGCGUCAAUGCACUGGGACAGCAAACACUCACAUUUGAAGUUCCUUCUGGCCACCAGCUUGCAGACAGCUGUUCAGAUGAGGAGCCAGCAGAAAUUCUUGAGUUUCCCCCUGAUGAUAGCCAAGAGGCAACCACACCACUAGCAGAUGAAGGCAGGGCUCCAAAGGACAAACCAGAAAGUAAAAAAUCUGGUCUGCUCUGGUUUUGGCUUCCAAACAUUGGGUUUUCCUCUUCUGUUGAUGAGACAGGUGUCGAUUCCAAAAAUGACGUCCAGAGAUCUGCUCCCAUUCAAACACAGCCUGAGGCACGACCAGAGGCAGAACUGCCUAAAAAACAGGAGAAGGCAGGCUGGUUCCGAUUUCCCAAAUUAGGGUUCUCCUCAUCUCCUACCAAGAAAAGCAAAAGCACCGAAGAUGAGGCAGAGCUGGAAGAACAAAAGCUUCAAGAAGAAACAAUCACCUUUUUUGAUGCCCAAGAAAGUUUCUCCCCUGAAGAGAAGGAAGAGGGUGAACUGGUCGGGCCUGUGGGCACUGGGCUGGACUCCAGAGUGAUGAUGACAUCCACAGCAAGAACAGAGUUAAUCCUGCUAGAGCAGGACAGAAAAGCUGAUGAUGAAGGCAAAGGCUCAGGCCUGGGACCAAAUGAAGGCUGAGAGGUAUGGCUCGUCAGUACAAGAGAGAUGCAAAAUCUAAGUUGGAAAGUAAAGGCUACACACACAUGUGGAGCACCCCAUCCCACAGCACAUUACAUCCACCUCACUUCACAGAACUGAGAACAGAGCAGAAAUGACCAGAACACCUUUGUCACCAUCACACAGCCCUCCUAAAAUGGAACCAAAACUUCCCAGCUCCCUCAAAGCUUUGGAUGCAAAGAAGGCACCCUGACUUCCACAAGACACCAGAAUUCACACGGUACUCUGAGGCACUGCUGGGGAAGUUUGUUGGUCUUUAUUAGAUAAAUUUCCAGAGACCUGUCCAUAAUACCCAACAGAACAUGACUGUUUCUUUGAGGAAAGGGUUAUAAUGUCUAUGGUGUACAAGUAGUUUUUGGUAUAACUUCUUUCCUGCUGCUGCUGCUUCCCAGCAAACAUAGUUUUCCUAUUUCAGGCAGAGUGCGGUAUAUUCCAGGAAACACUGUUUCCUACUCACUUAGCUUACUUAUUUGUUGAAUGCCUCACUAACGGCAAGCUUCAAGAUGUUUUGGGUGACAAUGCACACAUGCUGGGCAAAAGGGUGAUGGCCAGUGGCUGGCAGCUGGGCCAGCAGAAGCUAGGACAUCUGUGAGUUGUCAUUCUCAUCUAUCCAUGUCCACUGGCCUGCCAGCAUCCGCCAGUGCCUUGCCAGCGUGCACGGUCCCACACUGUGGCCCCUGAGUCCCCUAAUGUACACGCUGCAGCCAGAAUGCAGAUGGAGCUGGCUUGGCUGUUCCCUGGAUGGGCAAUAAAGAAAGUGCUGCAUCCCA